GAAGAUUUUUGAUGAGACAAGCAUGUUAGCAAGGGAGCACUUACAGGUUUUAAAAUCACGGUAUUGUGGAGCACUUUCCAAACCAGACUUUCCACUAUAAAGCCAGUUAUGGGGGCACACAGCUUGCUACAGGAAGAGCAAUGGUACAGCUGACAGAUCUUGAUGAAUUUGCCUCCCAAGUAACAGAGUUCUUUAAAAAAGCCAUUGCCACAGCAUAUCCACAAGAAGAGAGGAGCAAUCAGCUGACACCAGAAGAGAAAGAAACGGAGCUUCAGUGGCUGUACAUCGAGGAUAAAGCAGAAACUUUGAUUGGCCGAGACCGAGAACUGAGAAUGUUGCUGGAUUAUGCUCAACAAACUCCUGAAUUGAAUCUAGAGCAAAUAGAUGGGAGUGAUAAUCCAUCCAUUCGUGAAACCAGUCAAUGGGACCUUGAAGAGAAUGACAAUCAACUUUGUUUUGUUGUAGCAGAGGGUGGGUGGGGAAAAACAGCAUUGUUGGCAAGACUAGUCCACCAAGCAUGUGAGGAUGGACACAAUGUGUUUUACCACUUUGUUGGCAGCACAGCUAGCAGCAGAUCUCACGAUAACCUUCUGCAGAGACUAAUCAUGGCUCUAGCAGAAGAUCCUGCAGAUCGUCGAUUAUCUGAUCCUGAGGCAACAACAGAUACUCUGAAGGGACACUUGCGGACAGUACUGUCAUCUUGUCGACACAAAGGCAAGAAAAUGCUGCUGGUCUUUGAUGGACUAAAUGAGCUGGACAACAAUGAGACUGUCCAGCAUCUGUCAUGGCUGCCCCCAGCAUUGCCACCAAACCUUCGAUGUGUAGUUAGUGCCAACAUGGCCCAUUCACCCACAAUAGCACGUCUACAUGAACAUCCAGCAGUACAAGUGACUUUAGGUGCCCUGGAUCGUGGAGCACUAAUGGAGCUUGCGUCUAAUUACCUAGAAAGGUUUGGAAAGAAAUUGGAUUUGACUCAGCUUCAAACGCUUGUAGACAUCAGCAAAGUCAACAAUCCUCAGUGGAUGAUGUGGAUGUGUGAGGAGCUGCGUAUCUUUGGAGAUUUUCGAAUGAUGGAUAAAAAGCUUUCAGAAAUGCCAGACACAAUGGAAGACUUUCUUCAGCUUUUAUUGAAACGACUGCUGUAUGAAGAUGACACAGGCUGUAUUAAGAAAACUCUGUGCUUGACUGCUUGCUCACAAAGAGGUCUGCCCAGUGACCACAUUCUCCAGAUUCUAGGUGAAAUCAAUGACAAGAGAGAAUGUCCUCAGCUGCACUGGGCCCAGGCUCGUCGCAUCCUGAAGCCCUACAUCCGCACCAUCCAAGAUUCAACCCAUGCAGAAGAAUUCAUCACUUUUAACCAUGAAACCAUGUGGAAGGCAGUCAGACGCAGCUUCCUGGAGCAGGAGGAGACAACUCAGUGGCACAAACAGCUAGCAGAUUUUUACGAAUUCUGGUGCAAGAAAGAGGAAUUGAGGACAAAUGACCUCCCUUUCCAUCUGCUAAAGGCAGGGCUCAGAAAAAGACUUGUGCAAUUUCUAAGGACAGAUCCAGAUUCAGCUCAGAUUCCUGCAUACCAGCGCAGCAACUUUCUCAAUGAAAUACGCUGCUUUGGCUUUUCCGACACUCACAUGGCUGGCACAAAAGAAAUUCGACUUUGCCACCUCUGUUCGCUCAAAAGUGGGUCUUUUCACCCAGGCAUGAGACUCCCCAACAAACAUUGCUGCCUGUUGUGUGGAGGGAUGUGCAUGCAGUCAGAAUCUGCAGCUCGCCUGUGCAAUUUUCAUGCUCUGAGAGAAAACCCUGCACCCUUUGUGUUUGCAUGCCACCUUUGCAAGAUGCAUAUUUUUCAGAAUCAAACAGGCCCUUUGGCAGGUACCCCAGCCUUACUCUGCCAUUUUUGCAGUUUAGGUAUGAAGAGAUGCUGUGCCAUAGAGAAUUCAGAUGACUGAGAGGUGAAAACCACCCCAAAGAGCUUGUCAGAUUAGUAUCAGACAAAUUCUUAAUGUGGAUAAUUUUUUUUUUUAGGAAGGGAGGGGGUUUGUGAUUAUACCUUAAAAUAUAUACACAAAGUAUAAUGAGAACAUUUUGAUACACGUGAUAGUUACACUUGGUUUCACUUGCAGCAGCCCUAUGAAUUGUUUAUGAUAUGAAAGCAUAAUAUGCACAUGUAUUCCUACAUUUUUAAAUUUGUGAGUACACUGUUGCAAUCUCACUGUUUUAUUAGUUAUUGAUCACUUCGCUCAGGGUAUAUGCUUUUAAGUCACCUUGCAGUUUUGUGCCUUUUGAAAAGUUUUAUCCAAUAUUUUACAGUUUUAGAUAAACAUUGUUGCUUGUCACCUGAUUUUUUAUUUGAGCGGCAGCAGCAUCUUGGGUCUGUUGGUAUUUGUAUUGUGCAUCUUUGCAUUUAGAGAGUUUCUUUAUUGAAUAUUGCUGCUUGUCACCUCAUCUUAUUUGGGCAGCAGCAGCAUCUUGGGUCUGUUGGUAUUUGUAUCAUGCAUCAUAGAAUUUAGAGAGGUUUUUCUUAAUUGAAUAUUGCUGUUUGUCACCUCAUCUUUUUCUUUAAGAGGGCAAUGUCAUGUUGAGCAUGUAGCAUUUGGUAUGUGUGUAGCACAUAGCAUUUUAAAACUUUUAAAAAUGUCUUUCCCAUUGGUGUGUCUUGAAACACAAAGGUUCACAUGCUCAACUUGUGGUCGAAAACGGAGAUAAUUAUUUAGGUGGCCAAACCAAAGCAAAUUGCUAUUUUACACUGACCUCUGUGUGGCUCAGAUGUGAAGGCUGACAUUUUUUUUACAUGCAGCUUAUAACUUUGGGGCAUUCCAUUUCCUUUGUUCCCAGUAAUAUUCAUAAAAGAUUUCUAUAAAUAUUUUAAUGACAUCCAGCUCAAUAAUAUUUAAACCCAUAUUUAAAGGUUUGAAGAAAAACUUUUUUGCCUUGGGCAAUUUAAGCAGCAAAGUUUAACAUAUCAAGACUAUACAAUAUGAUUAUGUAGCCAUUUUUGUUAUCUAUUUUUAUUCUUGUUGUCCACUUUUGCGGGUCAUUUGCAAUUUUGUAAUGUAGAUGUUAAAUCUAUUUUGAAGGAUUUUAUCCACAAAAAAAUGUUAUGAUCAUUAAAAAUAAAGCUUCACUUAUCUCACAAUAUCUGUGAUAUAGAGUAUUACUAUAAGUGCUUUAUCAAACAGCAUUUCGGUCCCUUUUGAUUUAUUAAUCGCCCCUCUGAUUUGCUGUCAUGAAGGUAUCACUUUAUCAAAAUAGAAAGCAACCAAAAUUCUUUCUUUUAUUCUGUUGCACUUAUUAGAACAUAUUUAAAGACCAGACAUUAUUAAUCAUACUGGAGUAGAGCUUUAAUCAAAUAUUUACAAAAAAAAA